UGCGUGACCGAGAGAAAAUAAGAAAAACGGGAGAGGGAAAUCACCCGUACAAACACCUCCUUAAAAUGGGUAUGAGUCGUAUGAUCUUCAAGUAGUAACUGUUGCAAAGCUUUCAGUUGGAUUGAAUGUAUUUUGGACCCGGGAAGCUUCUGGGAUCAAACGCCGGUCUGAGUUUAUAGAGUAACAGGAAAAUGGAGACUGAUUCCGACGCUCGGACUGUAUCCAUCUCUGACAUUCUGGACCAUGGGUCGAUAUCUUUUGGGAGAUUUGCUGUGGAGUCACUUGCAUGGGAAAAGAGGUCGGUUUUCUCCCACAACAGAUGUCAGGAGGAGCUCGAGAAGUUCAAGGCCCUGGAUUUGUUGCUCAAAAGAAGGCAUACUUUGAGGAAUAUUACGGAAGAGUUAGAGCUAUGACGGCAUUACAAGUGAAACAGCAACAGACCACCCAUCCCGACUCAAAGAGCAGCACGACACAAGAGGAAAAUGCUGUUGAUGCUGACUUGAUGAAAGGGGAAAAGAUGCCCACCAAUGUAAGUAAAAUGCAGAAAUUAGGGAACGAAGCCGCUGCUAACCUGAACUCAUCAGAGGGCGGCAUUGUGGAGGGAUUGAAAGAAAUUAACCAAGAAGAAUUAAGUUGCCAUGUUGAAGACAGUGACAAAGCUAGCAUGACAGGUGGAACUAGUAAAUCCUUAUCCACCAUUGAACCCGAAGAUUCUGUAAAAGGGGCUUACUCUUCAUCAGUCAAUAAGAGCUCUGGAACUGCCAAGCAUGACUAUCCUGUUCACGACACAGCCAAGCAUGAUGCCAACAAGAAAAAUAAACAAGCACCCAUUCAAAAGGCAACAGAUUCUUCUGGAGGAAAUGAAACGCAUUUGGACUGCAAAAUUACAAAAGGAGCUGUUAAGCCAUCUGAGAAGCUGAAGCCAUCCCUUCAUCACGAUAUUACCAGCAAGAGAGAUGAUGGUCUUGUUUCAAGAAAGGGUACACCUCAGCAUGCAAAAGUCAACAACUAUGUUUCUUCCCAUAAACAAAGGGCUGAAGUACGCUCCAUUGCCACUGUUCUGCACAAUUCAUUAGCAAGGGAGAUGUCAGUGAAAUCUUCUGUUUGUAAUGCUGGUCAGGUGAAGGCAAAUUCAACUUCCAAAGUGUUGUUAGAGAAGUUACCAACAAAGUUGCCACUGCACGCACGAUCCACUAAGGGCAUUACAAAGGAGAGUGCUAUUACUGACCACUUGGGAAAGCCGGCUCUAGACAGCAGGAGGAGAUGUGAUGGAGAUAGUAGAAAGACCUUAGAGCCUAGUGUAAGCCAAAUGAGACCCAAGCGUGGAGCAUCUAAGAACCAGAGAUCAAACGUCAUGUUAACAAACCAUCCCAUUCAGAGCAACUUGAAUCAAGAUUAUGGAGUUGAAUUUGGGCACAAGAAUUAUGUCCAAGGACUGCAGAAAAAGGGAGAAGACAAAAGGAAUACUGGGCUUGGAAAAGUAUUCAAAUCUGCCUCAACUAAUUUGUCCAGUACUAACAAUGCUCCGAAUCCAAAACUGGUUCCUAGGGUAGCAUUAUCGAGGGCUGUAGAGCUGAUACAUACUCGAAGAGAACCAAGACCCAAGAUGCCAAGUUGGCGAUAAAAGUGAAACUUGGGCAAUCUGUGAUGGGCCUAUGCAACCGAAUGUAUUUGCACGGAAUUUAGGAAUUCAUGGAAAAGGUUGCGAAAAGGAACGAACCUCGUUUGGAAAUUGCGAUA